CAGAACGUCGCCAUUUUUCACGUCAUAUUUGCGCGACUGUGUUUUUGUUCCGGUUAGCUUCUAUGUAGUCAACAUGGUGGCGUUUCCAGUUUCACUGACUGAAGAAGAGGAGGCUUUGCAAAAAAAAUAUGCUAAACUCAAGAAAAAGAGAAAAGCACUGCUUGCUCUUAAGAAGCAGAAUACAACCAACCAGACAAACCAGAGCGGAUUAAAACGCACGCUGUCAGACCAGCCAGUUGUUGACACUGCCACGGCGACCGAGCAAGCCAAGAUGUUGAUCAAGUCGGGUGCAAUCAGCGCCAUCAAAUCGGAGAACAAGAACUCUGGUUUUAAACGUUCUCGCAUGCUGGAGAUUAAACUAAAGGAUCCCGAAAAAGGUCCAGUUCCUGCUUUCUUGCCUUUCCAAAGGAGCGUGUCCACAGAUGAAGUUGAACCUGAGUCUGGAAGGAGAUCCCAGAGGAAGUCGCUGUACGAAAGCUUUGUCAGUUCCAGUGACAGAUACCGGGACGAGGACGACGGGGGCGGCGCCUCCUCCAGCCGAGACAUGGACAGAGACCGCGAUCGAGAGCGGGACAGGGAGCGGGAACGGGACGGCGAACGAGAGCGCGAGAGGGACCCAGAGCGCGAUAGAGAGCGAGAGAGGGACCGUGACAGAGAGCGGGGUCGAGAUAGAGAAGUGGAAAGGGAUAGAGAACGUGACAGGGAACGAGACAGAGACAGAGAAAGAGACCGGGUGAGGGACCGAGAGACAGACAGAGAGCGGGACCGGAGCAGUGAGAGAGAUCGGGACCGUGAAGGUGAAAGAGAGAGGGACGGGUCCUUCAGACGCUCUGAUUCUUAUCCUGAGCGCAGAGUGAGGAAAGGAAACACUGUGUAUGUUUAUGGAUCGGGGCUCUCUGAGGACAGCAUGCGCUCUGCUUUCUCUCAACAUGGCAACAUCAUCGACCUGUCCAUGGACAACCCACGCAAUUGUGCAUUCAUUACUUUUGAGAAGAUGGAGUCUGCAGACCUGGCAGUAACUGAGUUGAACGGGAGCACGGUGGGAGACGUUCACAUCAAAGUCAGCAUCGCCAGGAAGCAGCCCAUGCUGGAUGCUGCCACUGGAAAAUCUGUGUGGGCCUCUUUGGCCGUGCACAACAGCGCCAAAGGCUCUUACAGGGACAAGAGGAACCAGGUGGUGUACAGUGAAGAUUUCCUGUAGCGAAACAAGCAGAUAGCUGUUAUUUUCUCUCCAUUCUUUAGAUUUUGUCUAGGACUGUAUCUGUAAAAAUACUUUUUUUCAUACAUAUUAACUUUUUUUUUGUAAUUACUAGUUCAAUUGUUGAGGUUUUUGUUUUGACUAAUAAAGCAGGCCCAGUAAAAAGUAUUCAUACAGUUAUUUUGGGUGUCAGUACAGGGCUACAGCUUCCAGUAAAAUAUAGUUUACAUAACCAAACGUCCUACAGAUUUUAAAGGGAAAUUUAUGGUAAAAAGAAAAAUUGGGAAAUUGAAGUUAAGCUCCUUUGCUCAAAAAGCUGAGAUAACCAUGUUUGGUUAUGAUAUACAGUACAAGCCAAAAGUUCUCAUUUAUUUUCAUGACUCUUUGUAGAUUGUCACUAAAGCUAACAAAACUAUGAAUGAACACAUUUUGAAGUGAAUUAUAUUUAUAUAGCGCUUUUCUCUAGUGACUCAAAGCACUUUUACAUAGUGAAACCCAAUAUCUAAGUUACAUUUAAACCAGUGUGGGUGGCACUGGGAGCAGGUGGGUAAAGUGUCUUGCCCAAGGACACAACGGCAGUGACUAGGAAGCCAGAACCGGGGAUUGAACCUGGAACCCUCAAGUUGCUGGCACGGCCACUCUACCAACCGAGCUAUACCGAGCUAUAAAUUGUUUUGUAUUCUAGUUUCUUCAAAAUAGCAACCCUUUGCUCUGAUUACUGCUUUGCACCCUCUUGGCAUUCUCUCGAUGAGCUUCAAGGUCAUCUGUGAAGUGAAAACCAUUUCAGGUGACUACCUCUUGAAGCUCGUCGAGAGAAUGCAAAGAGUGUGCAAAGCAGUAAUUAGAGCAAAGGGAGGCUAUUUUGAAGAAACUAGAAUACAAAACAUAUUUUCAGUAGUUUCACCUUUUUUUUAAGUACAUUACUCCACCCACGUGUUCAUUCAAAAUUUUGAUGCUUUCAGUGACAAUCUACAAUGUAAAUAGUCAUGAAAAUAAAGAAAACGCAUUGGAGAAGGUGUGUCCAAACUUUUUGCCUGUACUGUACGUCAUUUCACUUUUGUGAAUGCACUAUUAAAGUCAUCUGUAAUGGCUUUUACUAGCUCUUCUGGUGAAACAGUUCCAUUUGUUUGUUAAAUAAACUUAAAUGUCUUUUUUCCAACUCUAAA